AAACGUUUCUACGCGUUGUAGUUCGUAAAACGUGAAAAAGUGUUUAAGGUUAGAAGGUAUUCGAAGCAACUUAAAAGUUGAAAACGCUUAAAGUGUAACAUCGUAUAGCAAAUUCGAAAAUACUCAAUAUUUGUUUUGAUUGUUGAACACAUAAGUUUUCUUCAAGUACUAUCGUUGCUUUUAUAUAAUAUGAUAGAAAUAUUCAUGUACUAAUUCUUUUAAAUUUAAUUCAUGGCUUUUACUUCUGAAGAUCUUGAAAGUAACUCUUUUUAUAUGGAAUUAGAGACUAAAUAUAGUGAAAAGUAUAAAGAGGCUCAAAAGAAGUUGUGGAUUAUUUGUGUUCCAUGCCAAAAUAGUUUAAAAGGAAGUGCAAUUACUAAGGACUUUGUUGAUAGGCAUAUUUUAAAACCAUCCCCAUUCUUCAAAAGUCAUUUUGUUACUACUGAUUUGAACAAUUCAUUGAAUUUUGAAAUAGAGGAUGGAAAAAUCAAAACACCUAUGGAAUCAAUCUCUAUUCUAAUGGAAGAAACAGCUUAUAAUGAGGACUAUAAGCCUUAUAAAAUUUUCAUCACAGAGAAGCCUUUAUGUUGUUCUAAUAAAGAUAAGGAUGAACAAGGUUGUAAUUCAAAUUUAAGAAAAACUGAAAAAAUAUCUUUAAAUAAAUGUACAGCUUUUCUUUUAUCCUUCCCAGAAUGCCUUGAAGUUAUGAAAUUACUAGAUACAAGGAUUAGUGUUUUUAACUCUUCAUAUAUGAUUCUACCUGAAUAUUUACUAGAUGCUGCUAUUAAACUACAAAGCACGAUAAAUUGGGCUGUCUCUGAAUUUAUUGAGUUUUUAAGUUAUAGACCUGUUAUAGAUUACUCAAGGAAUGAUAUAUCAGCUGCUAUUGAAAAUUAUACUAUGUUUCAUGUUCAUGAUAAAGUGUUUCCUGUUGUGAAAAAAAGCUGCCUUGAGGAAGAUAAAAAAUUAACACAGAAACUUUUAUCACUUUAUGAUUCUCAUGUUACACCCGAUCAACUUGGAGUUCAGGAGGCAUUUUGUUGCCAAACACCUAGUGCUAUUGUCGAAUUAGCAUCAUUAAAUUCUAGAGGAAGUCCUGCAGAAAAGCUUAAUUGCUUAUUGUCUACUCUUGAAGUCUUGAAUCAAGAUGUUGAAAAUUUUUUACUGGAAACAUGUUAUCUUGUUAGAAACAGGGAUGUACCAUGUUUAACAUCAGAUGACUUAAUUCCACUCUUAGCUUUUGUAAUUGUCCAAUCUCGUCCUCAGUAUUUCAUCAGUAAUCUUCAAUAUGUUCAAAAUUUUUGCUGGGAGAAUUCUCCAGCUGACAAGCUCAGUUUUGGUCUAGUUACAUUCCAAGCAGCCAAAGAAUUUUUGAUGAGUAAUGAAUUUGAAUUUUUGAAACCACCAUCAAGAAAGAUGAAGAAAGAAUUAUCCCUUGAAGAACUCAUGGAAGUUACUGUUGAAAUGCAAAAUAAUUCAAAACCGUCUGUAGAAACUAAGCCAAAUAAACUUCAAUCUCCAACUGACCAUCUCUUGGAAAAUGUGACAAAAAUGAUAGAGGCAUCUACUAGAGAUCUUAGAGAAUGGACUAUUGAAAAAGAAAGUGGUUCAGGAAAAGUUGCAUCAGGAAGACAACAAGAAAAUGUUGGGGAUUUUCUUUCAAGCCUCAGGCAAAAAAGUCUUGGUCUAAAUUAUGGAAAACAAUCCUGAAGCACAAAGAAACAUUUCACACAUCAUGAUAGGCUGCAUUUUUUAAAUUACCCUUUAAUGAAGCAUAUUAAACUGGUAUAAACAAGGAGAAUGGCUGUCAUAUGAGAAUUUCUGUGAUGAUAUUACAUCUUGAAUAAUUUUUUUAAUAUGAGUCACUUAGUUAAAGUUAAUAAUUUUGUUGAACUUUUAAUUAACUAUUCUGCACUCUGGAUGGAAUAUUUCAGAGAAUUUUAAAUGUUUAUAUUAUGAAACGUUUUGUAAAUUAGUUCAUUUUAAGAUAUUUAUAUAUUUUUGAAAAAAUAUUGUAAAGUAUUUAUUUGUCAAUUUUCUCUAUGAACAGAGCUAUUAUAAGAUAUUAAGUUGAACAAACUUUUUGCUUUUUAACUUUAUAUUCUAAAGUUUAUCAUAAUUUAUUCCUUAUUAUGCAUUUUUUCAAUAAUUUUUAUAAAAGUUUAAAUUUUCUUUCUGCGGGUUUUAGCAUAAUUUGUCGUAAUUUAUAAAAUCUCUAUUGUCUAUCAUGUAACAAACCUUCAAAAGAUAUUUUAAUCAAAAUUCAAGAUUGUCAAAUACUUUUAAUAAAGUUAUCUGGUAUGUGUCAGAAA